GAAUGCCAUUCUACCAGGCUGUCAACAUCCUACGCAGCCAGGAUUCUUCCAUCAAGGGUGUCCAGGUGUGGUACAGUGAACAGAACCCUCUACAGGUGGAUCUGGUGAUCAAUCUCUCCCAGGAUGGUAUCAAGCUCAUCUUUGAUGCCAGCUCACAGAGGCUGAAG